AUGAGGGAUCUGAUUAUUACCCAGGCCCAGAACUGUUGGCAGGAGCGAAUCCAGAAGGAGGCUGCCAUUAGGGCCAACUGGAGAAUCCGCUAUGGCCAACAGUACCUGAAGGACAGGACCAAGGCAAAGAGAGAUACCUGGCAGGUUCCUUUGAACGCAUCCUUGCCAGUGGACCCAGUGCAUCCCGGCUGCAAGAAGGUACAGUUGGGUCCACCAGAAACCCAGAGGAUCCAGCACCAGCUGCCCAAACCAAGGAGUGUCCAAGGCCACCCACCCAAGGGAGACAGGAUUGGGCAGGCUAGAGAAGACACACACAAGCUAGCAGAGCAAAGAAAGCAAGAGGACUUUCUCAUGAAGCCAGUCCCCUCCAGCACUCUGAAGCUUCUGUACCAAGGCGUCUCCUAUGACGGCCAAGGCCGAGCUCAAUACUUCAAAGAGCGAUACCAACAGACACCAAUGGAGAGGUUCCAGUACCCCAUCUUGUCAUCCUGGGAAUAUGGCUGGCACGUGGGGCCUGUCAUGAAGAACUUCAGGACACCAACUUAUGCCAGAGUCCAUCCCAUCUCCAAGUCAUUCUACACCACAAAUGGCGCCUUCAACCUUCCACGGCGGACAGACCAGGUCAUGUGA